AUGCCUCCUUUAGGGAAGAAUGGUCAUCGCGAGCAGAAGUUGGUCGUUGUAGGUGGAGGAGGAGUCGGUAAAUCCGCUUUGACAAUUCGAUUUGUGACAUCACAAUUCUUUGAUCAAGGAUAUAACCCGACAAUAGAAGAUUCUUACAAAAGGCAGUUUGUGGUUGAUGAUGAAGCUGUUACUUUAGAGAUAUUAGAUACAGCAGGACAAGAGGAAUUCGCGGCGAUGGCAGAUCAAUGGUAUACCUUCGGUGCAGGUUUUUUACUAGUCUAUUCAAUAACUGAUAGACCUACAUUUGAAUCAUUACCCAAUUUUCAUCGAGAAAUAUUAAGGGUGAAAGAUAAAGAUUAUGCUCCAUGCGUCGUUGUAUCAAACAAGUGUGAUUUGUCGAGGUUACGGACAGUGGGACAAUUGGAAGGCAGAGAAAUGGCAAGAUCAUUAUCGGCCCCAUUUAUAGAAUGUUCAGCUGCGGAUGGUGUCAAUGUAGAAGUCGCAUUUAGGGAACUGGUUAAAUUAGUAAGGAAAGAUCAACGGAGAGAACUAUUAGCUGCCCAAGCUCUGGAGAAUCCAAUACCACGUCCAAACGAAGAAAGAAGGAGAAGGGAUGAUUCGGGAUCAUGUUGCAUGUUGAUGUGA